UAUUCACAAACCCUAAAACAGUCUCAUAAAUAUUCUUUCUUUUAGUCGGUAUGUGUUUGUGAUGUGGAGGACCUGGAGGUAGAAGUAAUGGCUGGAAUGUUCAAUCUAGGAGGGAGAGAUAACAACAAACAAGAUCAUCUUCAUCAUCAUAUGGACAAGGAUCAUAAUGAAGAUAAGAGCAGCAAUCAUCUUUAUCUAUACAAAGAAGAGAUCUACAACAACAACAAUAGGGGUUUUGAGAUUUGGCCAUCUCAAUAUUUUCAACAACAACAACAAAACCACGUGGCUCCUCCUACAAAUUUCCUCUCUUUUGGUAUGGUCCCAAGUGGUGGCAGUAAUAAUAACGACCGGAGUAGUAACCGGAGUUUGUAUUUCAACGUAGUCUCCGACCAUGAGCGGAUUAGAUCCUCUCCCGGAAGGUUUACGGUAACAAGGCAAGGAAACAUGAAUUGCCAAGACUGUGGGAAUCAAGCCAAGAAAGAUUGUCCUCAUAUGAGAUGUCGUACUUGUUGUAAGAGCCGAGGGUUUGAUUGCCAAACCCACGUGAAGAGCACAUGGGUCCCGGCUGCUAAACGUCGUGAGAGACGGGCUCAGUUAGCUGCUUUGCCAUCUAAGCGGAGUAGAGAGCCUAGCUCCGGCGGUGGUGGUGGUGAUGAUGAUGAUUAUGAUGAUGAUAGAGAUGAUGAUGAAAAUGGAGGUCAAGGCGGUGGUGGUGGAUCGGCUCUUGCAUGCAUCCGUGUAGUUAACGCUAGCUCUUCAGGGUUAGAAAGUAAUCACUUACCACCCGAGAUAAGUUCACCGGCUGUAUUUCGGUGUAUAAGAGUCAGCUCGAUCGACGAUGACGACGAAGAGUAUGCAUAUCAAACGGUUGUGGACAUCGGAGGACACGUGUUCAAAGGCAUUCUCUACGACCAAGGUCCAUCAGAUCACCCCUACAGCUCAAGCCCUACGGCCGCAGAAGCCUGUCAACGCCAUAUUAACCUCUUGGCCUCAACCGCUUUAGCCAGCACUUCAACUACAGCGACAAAUAAUACUAAAGCUUCGAUUGAUCCUUCAUCGCUUUACACACCGACGGCGGCUCCCUUCAGCACUUGUAUCACCACCGGUACCCCCUUCUUUCCACCUCCUAGGUCUUGA